CGGGAACCCUCCUUGCGACAGCAUCGAGCAGCCGCAGGUGUCUUUCAGAGGGCGCCCGCCGCCGCCGCCGCCGCCUUCUUGGAGGUCACUGUGGCCCUUCACGCCCGCUGGGAGGUCGCUUGCGGAUGGCUUCCAUUCACUUUCACCCGUGUUAUUAGGUCUUCGCCGACGAAAAAGUGAGCCCAGCUUGCCGCGACGCUCUGCUGGACGUCUGUUCGCUUCUGUUCUGUGCCGUGCCGUGCUGUAACUACCUACCUACCUGACCUACCUACCUACCUACCUACCAACAUAGCUACUUCCUACCACGGUGGUAGAAGACGAGCAGGACCAAGGGACAGUCGCGCUCAAGGCACCUGCGGUACCUUACAUGUCCUUGGGCCGACCGGCGACCUUCUCCACCCUCGCAAUCCUCACAGCUAAACCUACCUGUACGCAGCGCUCGCUAUAACUCUGACAUUCCUUCAUGAAAAGACUACUUCCUCCUUUUGCCAGGACAUUUGCAACAACACCUCCGAGGUGAUCUCUGCGCGUGUCGGUCUUGUGAAUUGCUGGGAUCUGGGCUUUCUGGACUGCAUGCGCGUUCUUGCAACUCACCUCACCGACUGACUGUGCCACUCUCCGCACCUGAGCAACAUUCAGACAUGGCCACCACGAGACGACGUUCGCCUCCUCGGGUCAUCGACCUUGUCAGCAGCGACGAUGAGGAUGACGAGGUCCAGCGUGUCGAUCCGCCUCCCAGACCUGCACCGCCGCCGGCCAUUAACCUCGACGAAUCCGAUGAUGAGCUUGUUGCGUCGACUCCAACCUCUCCAGAUAGUCGAGUGCCACGAACAUUUGGCCUCGACGGACAUCCGGGUGCUUUCCCAACAUUUCCAGAUGAUGCCGAGAGACUCCAAGCAUCCCCAGAAGCUGCUACUCAGCCAGACGCGACCGAGCAAGACGGCACGUAUGAGUUUUUUGGAGAUGAAAUAGUCUGGAUACCGAACGACUCCCAACAGACUCCGCUGGGUCAGAAUUCCCCACGCGUCAAGUUCCCAGCUUCUGAAGAGGGUUUUCAUAAUGAUUUCCCGUUUGAACAGAUUGAGAACCUUUUCACUGGCGAUACGUGCCUACAGCGAGUUCUAGACGUUUUUCCAGAUGUCAGCCACGACCAUGUUCUCAAGCUCUACGAUGAGCUAGGUCAAGGCGAUCCUCCUAUGCCCGGCGCCGACCGCUACGAGAAUAUCAUCAACAGACUUGUGGAGGCAGAUGGCUAUCCCAAGCAAGGUAAAGGCAAAAGUCCUGAGCUCAAACGGAAGGCAGAGAACGACCUUAAGAAGGACGAUUUCAAACGCUGGGAGGGAGCAAACCGUCCCGCAGGCUUUGCGGCACUGAAAGGUGUCAUGGCUGCUGCCUUGAAGGCGGACUUUCCUGUUAUGACCGGGAAAGCCAUCAAGCAAGAAAUGGCACAGCACAAGCACCUAUUCCAGACGUAUGUGGCUCUCGCAGCGCUGAGAGAUGCAACAGACACAGGCUGGACUGGUCGACCUGCUUUGCUUCCUGACACAGCAGACACAAUUCUCCUCAAUACUGGCAUCCCCGAGCUCUACGAUGAACUCCAAGCUGCCCGCAGGCGCGUUUGCAUCAUCCGAUCAGAUCGCACCAUUGCUCUUGCAAAGCGACAAGCGGAAGAUGAGAACAUGAAGCGAGCCACGGAGGCUGGUGAGACUGCCGAAUGUCAAGCAUGCUUUGAUGACUUGCCAAUGAACAGGCAGAUCCACUGCAAUGGCGAUAUCGCUCACUACACUUGCUUCGACUGCAUGGUUACGUACAUCAAGUCUGAAAUCGGUCAAUCUCGCUGUGCGGUGAUGUGUACUGCUGGUUGCGGUGCUGAUUAUGCGUAUGCGCAGCUGCACCUCAUCGACGACUACCAACUUCUCGAAAAGCUCGCGCAGCUACAGCAGGAGAAGGAUAUCCGGGACGCCGAGCUUGAAAAUCUCGAAGAAUGUCCUUUCUGCGAUUUCAAAGCAAUUCUACCUCCGAUCGAAGAGGACUUCGAGUUUAGAUGCGCCAAUCCUGACUGCGAACGAGUCAGCUGUCGUCGCUGCAAGGCGUCCUCUCACAUUCCCAAGUCCUGUGAGGAGCACGCUCAGGACCACAAGCUCGACAGCAAGCAUAAAAUUGAAGAAGCCAUGACCGCAGCAUUGGUGAGGAAGUGCGGCAGGUGUAGCAAGCCCUUUAUCAAAGAGUUUGGCUGUAACAAGAUGCACUGUCCCUCCUGCGGCAAUCUUCAGUGCUACGUCUGCUCUACCUCGGUCAAAGACUAUACCCAUUUCAACCAAAGUGACUUGCGUGCUCCGAACUCGAGCAGUGCCGGUUCAUCAGACCAGCGUUGUCCACUAUAUGACAAUGUGGAAGAGCGGCACGCACGUGAGAUCAAGGAAGCUGAAGAGAGAGCACGAGCAGAGGCGAUGGAGGCACACCCAGGCAUGAGUGAGGAAGACUUGGCGAUCAACGAGUCUGAUGCAGUGCGCCAAGCCUCUCAGCAAAGGGCUCGGCAAGCCGGGCCCUACGGUGGUAACUAUGGUUUAUUUGGAUUUGAUCGAGGUAGACUCCGGAACGGUGCUAACGAUAACGAGGGCAUUGAUGAUGGUCUGCUACGCUACUUCGCAGCUCAAGAUCACAUGGCGCCGUUACCACAAGGAAGGAAUGAAUUGAACUUGAUCAGAUAUCGGGUAGCGGCUGAAAGAGCGCGCCUACAGGCACGUCGAGCUCAGAUAAUCCGAGAUGAGGCAGUGCGAGUUCGGCUGGAGCUGGAUGCCCUCCAAGUGGAGCAAGACCCGAUACGCAGAGGCACUCCGAUCGGGGGUGCCCUGGGACAUGGUCUAGGAGGCCACAUUGCUGGACACGGAGUUCAGGCCCAUGUAGCUCGUCGAGCAGCGAUGUAUCAAGGUCGCGAUGCUCUUCGGGCUCCGCAAGGGGGCGUGCAAUAUGAGAUGGCCGGUUAUAUGCCCAUGUAUGGCAUGCAAAUGCCUGGCGCCGGCCGUUUUCCUCACCACGAAGCUCCAGCGGGCACCCAGGCAAAUGCUGUGACUCCCGAUGGUACAGCCCCUCAUACCACCGCUCAUGGGCUCGGAAACAUGCUUGGUGUUGUCGGUGCGGGUACUCCAGCUCCACCGGCAACAGCAGCAGCAGCAGCAGCAGCAGAUGAUGAUGAUGAUUCAGUGGCUGCUGGCCCCGACCAUGCCCUGGGCGCGCAGAACAACGGCUUCGGAGGUGGUCAACAAGGUCUUAUCCGUCGUAUCUUCGCAGAAUUAUUCGAAGGUGAUAAUGCUGAUGACGCCUUUGACGUCGGCAGAAUGAUUGCUGGCGAGCACGAACCACAUCUAUUUCCCGAGCUGCUCGGCGCUCAUCAUGCGCGAGGACGUGACGCUCCCGCUCGAGGCCGUGCACUUCGUCAUGCUCUCGCUCGCGAGAUCGCUCGCGAAUACACGGCUGCAGCAGAGGCGCCAGGUCAUGGCGUCCCGCACAUGGGAAACCGGGCCGGUGGUCGUGAAGAGGUCUACCAGCCAAAUCCAGCGGAUCCACGGCGUUAUCAUCAAUUUGGGGCUGCGUUCCCUGGCGCGCCACAUGCUGGAUAGAAAACAUGGGAGCUUCCGUGGGCGUUGUGACGGAAUGCAUGAGUUCUUCCGAGCGCGCACAAACAUGUGCAGGUUUACUGGCGCAUACGGUGUCAUUGGGAAGAGAUGGUUUUUUAUACCAUGGUCAGGUAGUGUUAGGCUAUUAGCAAGGCGUUUGGCAUCGGGUAGGUCCGCGCGCAGCAUGUAUGAGCUGGAGGUAAGGUAGCUAGUAUCUACAGCUGUCGCGUCAAUGAAUAAAAAAAGUAUUAGUUAGAA